AUGAACCAGUACCACCAGUACAUGGCAGGAGCGUACGGCCUUCCGCCGGCUGCACCGAUCGCCACCUACGGCCACCCUGCGCCGUGGCUGUUCCCGGGCGCACCCGCAGGCGGCGGGCCCCCGCUGUUGCCGUUCCAGAUGGGGAACUCCAGUGUGCCACCACCAGCCGCUGCGGGCUUGUGGCAUCUGCCGCCGCCACCAUCGACGGCGCCCCUCUGGCACCUACAGCCGUUGCCGUCCCCGGCAGCCGCUGCCCCCGUCCAGCCCCCGCUGCUGCCGCUGCAACCACCGGCGCCGCCCCUGCCCAGCUCGAGGGCACCCUCGCCGACCGGCCUCCCGAUCCAUCAGGUCCGGUUCCCGCCCUCCCCGUCGCCACUUCCAGCGUGGGCGGCUGGGUCUUCGCCAUCGCCGGUCUACACCACGGCCCCCGAACAGCCGACUCCGUUCCCGCAGUUCGGUGGGCCAUCCGGUUCCGCCGGUCCCUACCCGGAGUACUCCGACCAGGCGCCACCCGCCUCGCUGCUCCGCACCUCUGAGCCAGCUCGACACGACGCUCCAACCCAGACACCGCCGCGGUUCGCCAAGAUCGACUUCACCACCUAUGACGGCACGGAGGACCCCCUCAACUGGCUCAACCAGUGCAACCAGUUCUUUCGCGGGCAGCGCACCCUUGCAUCGGAGCGUACCUGGCUCGCCUCGUACCACCUCCGCGGCGCGGCAUAG